GCACAUGCGCUUAAUAAUAUCUUUCAGCGUCCGCGUGUGCGAGGAGUAAAAACAUACCAAGCUCUCGUUCGGGAAAUAUCAACGAAGAUGGACAGUCGAUUCUUGUAUCUUUGUUAAUACAUAAUAUUGAGUGUAUUCUUGCUCCAAGUAACAUGAGUCCUGGCUUGGGGCAUGAUCCUUUGCCAUCAUACAAUAUCACUACUCUUGGGAACACUGCAUUCUGCUUAUGGCAACAGCCACAACACAUUUUAUUCCAGUUAGCAAAUUUCUGUUUCGCAUUGUCCUACUCAGCACCGUCUUCUAAGAAGGGAAUUUUGUUUAUGCAUUCGGUUUUAAUUGUAGGUUUUAUGUUGCUAUCAGGAUGGGCUUGGCACGUGAUUUGUGCACCAGAUAUCUUCUCUUGGAACUUUAGUUUCUUAUUGCUUAAUAUCGGUCAAUUAGUAUAUAUCGUUUAUCAAAUGAGACCUAUCAGAUUCGAUCCUGAAUUGGAAGAAGCGUAUCACACGCUUUUUUAUCCUUUCAAAGUCUCACGACUACAGUUUAAGCGAUUAGUAUCGCCUGAAUUUGCGACGAUAAUGUCUCUUCAUGCUGGGGAAGCAUACGCCAUGCAAAAUUUAACAAGGACAGACAGAUUGGGUUUAUUGCUCACGGGCAAGGUCAAUGUUCUCAGUGAUACAAAUUUUUUGCACCCGAUAUUGCCUUGCGAAUUUCUGGAUUCACCAGAGUUCGAAAGCUCCCGAGCUUCUGUUGAUGAUAAAUUUAAGGUAUCCAUCAUAGCAGCAAGUUCUUGCAGGUAUCUGUAUUGGCAGAGAUCAGCCUUGGAAUAUCUGCUCGUGAAGGAAACUUAUCUUGCAACUGUGUUAACUACAUUGGUGGCGCGAGACAUCGCAACGAAAUUGUACGCAAUGAAUAACAAGAUAGUUACAGACAAAGGAUCACAUUUGGAUAUUCGUCUUCCUACUAUUAGCGCUGGUUUAGGAAUUAGCGGAGAAUACAGAAGUCCUAGAACUUACAGGCAAGCGUUAAUCCGGAGGAAAGGGACCAAGCCGACAUCCAAUAAUGUAAGCAACGCGAAAUCCAAGAAUCGUGCAGUGAAUAAUUUGACGAAGAAAGGUGCGCCAAACAUGGAACCUCUUCCUGAGCUGCCAUCCUGCGAUGAUCUAGCUUCCAGCGGUGUCGAGAGUUGGCUGGAUUCUUCCAGCAAGUAUCACAGUUGCGAGAUCGUCGACGAGGAAUAGCAUUACGCCUCCCAUUUCAACUACGAGAGUUUGCUUAACGUUGCUAAUAAUGGUCAGCACGAUAUACAAGCCUUCGACUACAAGAAUGCAGACCGCUGGCGAUCGGACGACGACUAGCGAUAAAGAUAAUGCACACAUGCUUUUAGUGCGCUGCAUUGGGAGACCAUUUAGUGUAAUUAUAUCUUUUGAACUUAAUUGUUUUGUUUAAUGAUUCAAAUUUUUAUUACUGUUAAAUUAUUUCGUAAUCAAUUAUAUCUUGAAUUUUCGCUAGGAUAUAGUAAACUCGUGAAGAGGCAUAUCAUAUUAUACUAAUCGCGAUAUUGUAUGAUAUAGUGAUAUACUCUGUAGCUUGUUGCUUAGCAACGAAAUUUGCAACGAAAGCACUUUUCAAAGAGUAUACAUAUAAUGUAUAUUUAAUGCUGUACAUAAUUUGUAAAUAUCAAACGUAAUAAGGAAUAUGGAAGAUCGUACUUUAACUCGAAAACAAAAAAUGAUAUUUACGAAAAUAUACGAAAAUUUUUGGACAAACCAUACAUUAUAUAAAUAAAUAGAAUAUUUACAAGCGAAUACAGUAGCGUACUUAUAUAUAUCAUUUUUAUAAACAUAGAGAUCAACUGAAAGAUUUAGUUCACGAAAAAGGAAUGUAACAUUUCUUAUUAAAACAAAAUUUCUAUGGAAAAGGUUGGUUAUAGUUAUCCACUUGUCUGAUAACAAAUUUAAAAAAAA